AUGGCUCACCGAUCGGUCUGGAUCGUUUUGCUGGGAGCAUUCGCCGUUUGUCAGGCGGCAAAUAUUCUCUUCAUGUCCGGCGUUCCUUCGCCGAGUCAUUACAUAUGGCUUCGUCCACUGAUGAACGAGAUGGGUAAACGUGGCCACAAUGUGACGGUGAUCAGUGCCGAUGUGGAGAAGAAACCGCCACCAAACCUGACCUACAUUCAUCUGGAGAAUUUCUACAGUACAAUGUACAACACCUCGUUGCGGCAGAAGUUUGACUUUUUCGCUAUGGCCAACGAAAGCCCGACGACACUACUCAAGGUGUUCCAUGAACUAGGGCUGGACCUCUGCGAAGCAGCCAUCAAGUCGGAAGGGCUGCACUCGCUUCUGUCCUAUCCGCAGGACUUUAAGUUCGAUUUGUUUGUGAGUGAUUACAUGAUCGGUCCGUGCGUUUCUUCAAUGAUACUACACCGCUUUAAGGGAGUUCCAUAUAUCCCAUCCGCGCCAUGCAAUGCCCAAUCGACCGCUGCGUCAUUGAUAGGUUCGUUCACCUACUCGGGCCUAAUUCCAAAUAUCGUAUUUGAUGCACCAGAAUCGAUGAGUUUUGUGCAGCGAGUGAAGAAUCUCUACUACGAUUUGUACGAUGUGAUACUCCACGAGAGCUUUCUCGUACCACAAUCGGAGCGAAUUUUCCAUAAACGCUACCCAAAUGCUCCGAGCAUUAAUAGCUUUUCCAAAAACGUGAAAGUGUCCUUCAUCAACGUCAAUCCUAUUAUCCAGUACAAGGAACCGAUGAUGCCGAAUAUGAUACCGGUCGGCGGAAUGCAAAUCCAACCAGCGAAGCCACUACCGGCGGAUCUGCUCAAAGUGGUUGAGGGAGCUAAAAAUGGAUUCAUUCUCUUCUCGCUCGGCAGCAAUGCCCGCAGCGAUCUGCUGGGUCCCGAGCGCAUUACCAACAUUCUGACCGCGAUGGGGCGGCUCCCGCAGUAUCAGUUCCUGUGGAAGUUUGAAUCCGACGAGGCCAAGCUACCGAUGAAGGUGCCCAAGAAUGUGUACAUUCGUGCCUGGAUGCCUCAGAACGAUUUGCUGGCCCAUCCCAACAUUAAACUGUUCAUCACACACAGCGGACUACUGAGCACCCAUGAGGCAAUCUGGAACAGCGUGCCGAUCAUUGGAUUCCCUGUUUUUGCCGACCAGUUUCGGAACAUAAACUACUGCGUUGACGCCGGUAUCGGUAAGCGACUUUCGAUACACAGUUUCCAGGCCAACGAGCUUGUGACCGCCGUUAGGGAGAUGUUGGGAGACAACCAGUAC